GCGGCCCGGCUCGCGCGCGCUCGCUCGGCUGUUUCCGGCCGCCCGCUCCGGCCCCGCUCGGCUGUUUCCGGCCGCCCGCCGAGCCGUGCCCAUGUCGGACGCGCUCUCCGCCGCCGCCGGCUGCCGCUCCGAGCGCCCGGGCGGCGACACCGCGCCCCGGGGCCGCGCAGAAAAUGAAGACUCAGCCCAAAAGACAGAGCCUGCAGAUCAGCUAGUUGAUUCUUUGGAGUCCAGUACUUCGCAGAGCGGGUCACAGCCUGGAGCACACCUGAGGGCAGACUCAACAGAGCAUUCGAAGGAAGAAAUUGGCACUCUGGGGGACCAGAAAGUGGCUGUAGUAGAAGAGAAGCUGCCUGACCAAAUCCAGUCUCUCAAAAAGGAAGCUGUUCGAUUAACCAACUACCAUGUACCUCAGGGAGUAGGGGAUAUAGUCAUGAUUCAGUCAGACCACACUGGUGCUGUGGAUAUCCUUUCAGCUGAGCUAGAGACUGCAGACCUCCUUGGGGAGCAAAGAAAAGCUCAGCCUCCACCUCUGGCUGCACCCACCAUGUGGACCACUGAGAAGAUGAAGGAAUUCAAAGCCAAGAUGGGAAAGGAGAAGAAUGGCCGGAUGGUGGUGAAGCGAGGCGAGGUGGUGACAGUGCGUGUGCCAACCCAUCCUGAUGGGAAAUGCAUUUGCUGGGAGUUUGCUACGGAUGACUACGACAUUGGGUUUGGAGUGUAUUUUGAUUGGACCACAGUUACUAGCACUGCCAUUACUGUUCAGGUCAGUGAAUCCAGUGAUGAGGAGGAUGAAGAGGAGGACGAGGAAAUUGAAGGACUGUCCCCUGUAGGUGAUGUGGAACGGGGUUCCAGAAGCUACCUGCGGAACCGCUAUGGAGAGAUCCUGCCUGUGUACCGCAGGAACAGCCAUCGGGAGGUACAGGCAGGCAGCCACGAGUACCCGGGCGAGGGCAUCUACCUGCUCAAGUUUGAUAACUCGUACUCUCUGCUCCGCAACAAGACUCUGUUCUUUCACAUCUACUACACUAGCUGAAGAAGAGGGAAGGGGCAAGGAUGGCAGGCAGGUAAUGGUGAGGGUAGCAGGCUGCCACCCAGCCCUGGUACUGCCUGACGGGCACUGCUGUGUGACAGAACCAGAUGCAAUUCUGCCAGCUCUUCUUUGGACAUAAACUGGUUUCUCCCUGCACCCUUCUUCCCCACUGUCUCAGGGGAGAAAGGUACUUGUGACUGCCUGGUUGUUUCCAGGCAGCUGCUCUUUCUCUAAAACUUUGGGAGGUCUGCUCCAUGCAGGCAUUGGGCUGGGCCUUCAAGUCACAGCUGGCAAUUGCUCAGAAGUCACAUUCAGGUGGUUGUGGUUCUGAUCUGUUGUGCUGGUACAAAAUGAAGUGAAAAUAAUAUUACUAUUUUGUGAAUAACUUUUCCAACUCUCCUGCUGCAUCUGCAUCACUAGAGGGCAGCUGUUAGCUUCAGUGAGCCAGAAGCACAGCUGGCUUGUCACUUAGCCAGGGUAGCCCCAUCACCUACCAUCGCUACAGUCACCAGCAGUCAGUGCUUCCUUCACUCACACGAGUGGCUGGGCAGUGCUACAGUUUGUCAAUGCAGUUUGUCAACUGCUAUUGCUAUUGCAAAGGUGUUGUUGGGAAGUUCCUUGGCAUGUUUUGGUGACUAGUGAUGGUAUUAGUUAUCACCUUCUGCUUAAGUAGUGGCUGAGUUGAACAAGGAGAAGUUAAUCCAUCAGAGAUUAAUUUUAAAACAUGUUUAUUUGUAACUGUUGUUUAUUUUAAUACUUUUAACUUGAAAUCGUUCUCUUUUCUAAGAAUACUGCUGUAUUUACAUUUUGAUACCUCUUCGCAGAGACACAAAAUGUUUUUUCCAUGGUGAUACUAGAAAAGUUCUGAGUUUUAUUUUUAAAUCAUCCAGGUAAAGCACCUCUACUUGGUCCAUUCCUUCUAUUGACAGGAAAUGAUGGACAGAAUUAUUUGGGGUAGCUAAAGCCAAAGAUUUUGCUCUCAUAGAAGGGCUGCAUAUUUCCUAUUAAGGGUAUAUUGUAAUGCUGUACAAUUUGCUCUAUAUUCAAGCUUACUUUUAGCUAUCUCUGCUUACUGAUUCACUGCUCCAGAGCACUUAGUAGGUCAAAAUGGUAAGAGAGGAAGCAGUCAGUCUAUGACAGAGCAGCCCAAGCUGGGAGCAGGAGGAGUGGACAUUGGAAGAGCACUGCUUGGAGCAGUGGCUUUCUGGGGGAGUGGGCAAGGAGCAGAGUUGUUGCUGCUUUGGGCCCUGAGAAGGGGAGAAAACAGUCACCUUUCUCAAAAGAGAGUGUGUUCAUCAGGGUUGGGGGGAACUGCAAAGCUGCUUUAUUCAAGCAGGUCGAGCACAGGGAGACAGAACAGUAGGGCUUGGUAUCUGUCAGAACAAGAUGCUCUCUCAGUUAGCAGCUUGGAGAGGGCUGUUCCUUCCUUUAACCUGUCAUGUAUGAAAUGAAGAACCAUACUCUGGCCUUUCUACAGCACUUGAAUCAGGCCUGAGAAAUUUAGGUAUGAUGUUUGGGUUUUUUCAUCCUUUGGAAAAAAACCCACUUGAUCAUCUGUCAAGUCCCUAGAUAUUGCAGAUAGAGUGACACACUUCACUUCUAACAGAGAAAUAGUAGUAGCUGAUAUAAAACACCAAUUUUACAACAUUUCAUAGUUGGUGUGUUGUGUAUAGACUAGGGAAUGAGAGGCUGGAGAGCAGCACUGCAGAAAGGGACCAGAGGAUCCUGGUUGAUGGGAAGUUGAACAUGAGCCAGGCAGUGCCCUGGCAGCCAGGGGUGCAUUAGGCACAGCAUGGCUAGCCAGACAAGGGAGGGGAUUGUCCUUCUCUGAACUGCACUGGGGCAGCCUCACCUCCAGUACUGGGGCAGUUUUCUGCACCACAAUAUAAAAAAGGCAUUAAGCCAUUAAAGACCAUCCAAAGGAGGGCCACAAGGAUGGUGAAGGGUCUGGAGGGGAAGCCAUGUGAGGAGCAGCUGAGGUCACUUGGUCUGUUCAGGCUGGAGAAGAAGAGA